GGUUUUUCGGGAGGCGACCAUGCGACGCACCGGCAACUUUUGUCUCUGACGCGGAGGAGUCUGAGAAGUGCAGCAGGCCGUGGAGUCCGCUCUUGGCCCGCCCCGCGGUCGUUUCCGGCCCUGCUGCGGAAUUCUCGGUCCUGGAAUCGCGGAGGACUCUGGGCAGCGCAGUUCCCGCGAGGCGGGCGGCCAUUGUCCGCUGCAGCGACCCGGCGCGUUAGGUACACGGAGGUGCCCACUGUGGACUGCCGCGCCCGGCUUCGGUGCCGGCGGGCUCCGCUGAGGAGUAAGGCACUGCCCUUCUAUAAGAAGAGAGCCUGGAAAGAGGACUGUGUUGACUUUUGGAAAUUGCAGAGUCAUGUUUCAGGUGACAUUUAGUGAUGUGGCCAUAGACUUCUCUCAUGAAGAGUGGGGAUGGCUAGAUCCUACUCAGAGGAAUUUAUACAAGGAUGUGAUGGUACAGAAUUAUGAGAACCUGGUAUCUCUAGGUCUUUCCAUACCUAAGCCAUACGUGAUUGCUUUAUUGGAGGAUGGCAAAGAACCUUGGAUGGUAGAGAAAAAGCUGUCAAAAAGUUUGUUUCCAGAUUGGAAAUCAAGAUGGGAAAGCAAAGAAUUAUCAACGAAGGAAGAUAUUUAUGAUGAAGAUUUUCCCCAAAUGGUAAUAAUGGAAAAAACUAUAAAACAAAGUCAUGAAUUUUCAAAUUUUAACAAGGACUUGGAUUGUAUAGAGAAGUUGGAGGGGAAGUGUGAAAAUCAGGUAGAACAUUUCAGACCAGUGACCCUCACCUUUAGAGAAGGUCCCACCAGGGAAAGUGUUUACAAAUGCAAUAUGUUUAGAAGCAUCUUGCCUUUAAAGUCUAUUCUUUCUGAACCACAGAGAAUUUCUGCUGAAGGGAAGUCACAUAAACAUGAUAUAUUUAAGAAGAGCUUACCAGCAAAUUCAGUUAUAAAAAAUGAGAAUAUCAGUGAUGGAAAGAAACUUUUGAAUUCUAAUGAAAGUGUGGCAGCCUUCAGCCAAAGCAAAUCUCUUACCCUUCACCAGACUUUUAAUAGAGAGAAAAUCUAUACAUGUAGUGAAUGUGGGAAAGCCUUUGGGAAACAAUCAAUCCUUAAUCGCCAUUGGAGAAUUCAUACAGGAGAGAAACCCUAUGAAUGUCAUGAAUGUGGGAAGACUUUUAGCCAUGGCUCAUCCCUUACUCGACAUCAAAUAAGCCACAGUGGAGAGAAACCUUACAAAUGUAUUGAAUGUGGGAAGGCCUUUAGCCAUGUCUCAUCACUUACUAAUCAUCAAAGCACUCACACUGGAGAGAAACCAUAUGAAUGUAUGAACUGUGGAAAGGCUUUUAGUCGUGUUUCACAUCUCAUUGAACAUCUGAGAAUUCAUACUCAAGAAAAACUCUAUGAAUGUCGAAUAUGUGGGAAGGCCUUCAUUCACAGGUCAUCUCUCAUUCACCAUCAGAAAAUUCACACUGGAGAGAAACCUUAUGAAUGUAGCGAAUGUGGAAAAGCCUUUUGCUGUAGCUCACACCUUACUCGACAUCAAAGAAUUCACAGUAUAGAGAAACAAUUUGAAUGCAACAAAUGUCUGAAAGUCUUUAGCAGCCUCUCAUUUCUUAUUCAGCAUCAGAGUAUUCAUACCGAAGAAAAACCCUUCGAAUGUCAGAAAUGCAGGAAAUCCUUCAGCCAGCCUGAAUCACUGAAUAUGCAUUUGAGAAACCACACUAGAUUGAAACCUUAUGAAUGUAGUAUAUGUGGGAAAGCCUUCAGUCAUAGGGCAUCCCUGUUUCAACAUCACAGAAUUCAUACUGGAGAGAAACCCUAUGAAUGUAUUAAAUGUGGGAAGACCUUCAGCUGUAGUUCAAACCUUACUGUACAUCAGAGAAUUCAUACUGGAGAAAAGCCAUAUAAAUGUAAUGAAUGUGGGAAAGCAUUUAGCAAAGGCUCAAAUCUUACUGCCCAUCAAAGAGUACAUAAUGGAGAGAAACCCAGUAGUACAAUAAGUGUGGAAAAGCCUUUAGGCCAUAUAAAUCACUAUACAUGUGAAAGAUCAUAUAAGAGAGAAACUGCAUAAAUGCAGAAUUUGUCAUAAUAUACUGUAGCCAUAGAUCCUCCCUGAUUCAAAAUCAGAAAAUCUGUACUGGAGAAAAUUCUUAUGAAUGUAAUGAAUAUGGGAAACUCUUUAGCAAUGAUACAAGCCUUAUUGUCUAUCACAGUUCACACUGUAGAGAGACUAUAUGAAGGCAAUAAAUGUGGGAAAGACUUUAGCCAGCAUUAAUUCCUUAAUUGACAUAAGUAAAUCCACACUGGGGAAAAACCCUUUACAUGUUACAAGUAUGGGAAAGACAUUAGGUGAUAUGAAUCUCUUAAAAAACAUUAAACUCAUACAGGAGAGAAGCAAUAUGAAUAUAAAAAUUGCGGGAAGUCCAGUUAAAAUGCAUCCCUCAUAAAUAAAAUUUAAAAAAAAAUGCAUCCCUCAUUUUACAUCAAAGAACUCACACUGGAGAGAAAGCUUAUGUAAGAAAUGUAGCAAAGUGUUCACUAAGCACUCUUAGCUUGCUAGACAUCAGAAGAUUAAUACUAGAAUAACCUGAAGGAUUUAGGAAUUAUGUGUAAGUCUUUCUUUGCAAUGAUGCUAAUUU